AUGGUGGUUCUCAAAAUUCGAGACCAGCCUGCUUUGGUGAAAGCAAUUUUCAAUGUGGACCCCGAUGAAGUGCGCUCGCUUAUAUUCAAAAAGGAGGACGUGAAUGCCCAGGACAAUGAGAAGCGGACGCCACUCCAUGCUGCUGCCUACCUUGGAGAUGCGGAAAUUAUAGAACUUCUGAUCCUUUCCGGUGCCAGAGUAAAUGCCAAAGAUAGCAAGUGGCUCACUCCUCUGCACCGAGCUGUUGCCUCCUGUAGCGAGGAAGCCGUGCAAAUAUUGCUGAAACACUCUGCAGACGUCAAUGCCCGAGACAAGAACUGGCAGACGCCGCUACACAUCGCUGCGGCCAACAAAGCAGUCCGCUGCGCCGAAGCACUCGUCCCGCUGCUCAGCAAUGUGAAUGUGUCGGACAGAGCUGGCCGAACUGCACUGCACCAUGCGGCCUUCAGUGGUCACUUGGAGAUGGUGCGGCUCUUACUCUCCAGAGGGGCCAACAUCAAUGCCUUUGAUAAGAAAGACCGGCGUGCAAUCCAUUGGGCAGCCUACAUGGGACACAUUGAGGUGAUAAAGCUGCUGGCGUCUCAUGGUGCCGAAGUUGCCUGCAAAGAUAAGAAAUCGUACACACCUCUGCACGCAGCUGCCUCCAGUGGGAUGAUCACUGUUGUUAAAUACCUCCUGGACUUGGGGGUGGAUAUCAAUGAGCCGAAUGCCUACGGCAACACGCCACUCCACGUGGCCUGCUACAACGGUCAAGAUGUGGUGGUGAACGAGCUCAUAGAGUGUGGGGCGAAUGUCAACCAGGUGAACGAGAAGGGCUUUGCUCCCCUUCACUUCACCGCUGCUUCCCGGCAAGGCAAGCUGUGUCUUGAGCUGCUUGUCUGCAAUGGGGCUGAUGUCAAUAUCAAGAGUAAGGAUGGAAAGACUCCCCUCCACAUGACAGCAAUCCAUGGACGAUUCUCAAGGUCCCUUGCUAUCAUUGAAAAUGGUGCUGAGGUUGACUGUGAGGAUAAGAAUGGAAACACCCCGCUGCAUAUUGCCGCACGAUAUGGUCACGAGUUGCUCAUCAACACGCUCAUUGCCCACAGAGCUGACACUGCCAAACGAGGGGUCCACGGUAUGUUCCCGCUCCACUUGGCUGCUCUCAGUGGAUUCUCUGAUUGCUGCCGAAAGCUUCUGUCUUCAGGUUUUGAUAUAGAUACUCCUGAUGACUUUGGAAGGACUUGUUUACAUGCUGCAGCUGCUGGAGGAAACCUGGAAUGUCUCAAUCUACUUCUCAACACUGGGGCGGAUUUCAAUAAAAAGGACAGCUUUGGCAGGACUUCUUUGCACUACGCUGCUGCCAACUGUAACUACCAGUGUUUGUUUGCGCUGGUGGGCUCAGGGGCCAGCGUGAAUGACGUUGACGAGCGGGGAUGCACUCCGCUUCACUAUGCUGCCGCUUCUGACACAGAUGGAAAGUGCCUGGAAUAUUUAUUGCGAAAUGAUGCAAAUCCUGGGAUUCGGGACAAUCAGGGCUACAAUGCUGUGCAUUAUGCCUCUGCAUAUGGACAUCGCCUUUGUCUGGAGCUGAUUGCAAGUGAAACCCCUCUUGAUGCGUUGAUGGAAACCUCAGGGACGGACAUCCUCAAUGAGUCUGACGUUCGAGCUCCCAUAAGCCCUUUGCACCUUGCUGCAUACCAUGGUCACCACCAAGCCAUGGAGGUUCUGGUGCAGUCUCUGUUGGAUCUGGACGUGAGAAACAGCCAAGGGCGAACACCGCUAGACUUGGCGGCAUUUAAGGGCCAUGUGGAGUGUGUGGAUGUUUUAAUAAACCAAGGUGCCUCCAUCUUGGUCAAAGACUUUACCUUAAAGCGAACCCCAAUUCAUGCUGCAGCUACUAAUGGUCAUUUUGAAUGUUUACGUUUGCUGAUUGGAAAUGCUGAUCUUAAAAGUGCAGUGGACAUUCAAGAUGGUAACGGACAAACCCCUUUAAUGCUGUCAGUUCUAAGUGGACACACAGACUGUGUAUAUUCUUUGCUGAAUGAGGGAGCCGGCGUGGAAGCCAAAGAUAAGUGGGGCAGGACAGCCCUGCAUCGAGGAGCUGUUACAGGUCAUGAGGAAUGUGUGGAGGCUUUGCUUCAGCAUAGCGCCAGCUUCUUGGUGCAAGACUGUAAAGGCCGCACACCCAUCCACCUGGCUGCAGCAUGUGGCCAUAUUGGUGUCUUGGGAGGGCUGCUGCAUGCUGCACAGUCAGUGGAAACACCUCCGGUGUUAACAGACAGCCAAGGCUACACACCGCUGCACUGGUCCUGCUACAACGGUCACGAUACAUGUGUGGAGGUUCUACUGGAACAAGAGGUUUUCCAAAAAGCAGAAGGCAAUCUCUUCACCCCCCUUCACUGUGCUGUGAUUCGUGACAGUGAAGGUGCUGCUGAAAUGCUUAUCGACACCAUGGGUCCUGCCAUUGUCAAUGCCAAAGACCGUAAAGACAGGACUCCGUUACAUGCCGCAGCCUUCACUGACCAUGUUGAGUGUCUGCAGCUGUUGUUAAGCCACAACGCACAGGUCAACAGUGUGGAUGCCACAGGGAAGACCCCACUCAUGAUGGCUGCCGAGAACGGCCAAACCAACGCAGUCGAGCUCUUGGUGAGCAGUGCAAAAGCAGAUCUAACGUUACAGGAUGCAGUGAAGAACACGGCGCUUCAUCUUGCCUGCAGUAAGGGACAUGAAACCAGUGCCUUGUUAAUAUUGGAGAAGAUUACAGACAGAAACCUAAUAAAUGCCACUAACGCCGCCUUACAGACGCCUCUGCACGUAGCUGCAAGGAAUGGCCUGACUGUAGUGGUGCAAGAGCUGCUCGCAAAGGGAGCCAGUGUCCUUGCGGUUGAUGAGAAUGGUUACACACCCGCCUUGGCUUGUGCCCCCAACAAAGAUGUGGCAGACUGCCUCGCCCUCAUAUUGGCCACAAUGAUGCCUGUUUCCCCCUGCACCCCGGCGCCUACCCUUCCUUUCAGUGCCAUGAACCACUACACCACCAGCCCCUCCAAGAGCGUCACGUUGGAUAGCCUGCCCGUGCUACACGACCAGCACAGCUCCUACUGCAGCUUCAACAACAUUAGCCAUCAUGAUGUCUUCUACAAAGAAGAGCUCAACGACUCUGACUCCGAGACGUACUGAAGGACAGGAAACUGCGCGAAACGCACACACUGUGUCUUAAAAGUUCACACAGGGCCAGCUUGGUAGGGCGGAAGAAGACGAGACGAGACGAGCCCCUUCAGGAGCCUUAAAAGUCAUCCCCUCCCGACCUCAUCCAGCACCAGGUGUCCUUCCAGCUGAAACAAGGCAACAUUGACUCACUACUUAAGUGAUUGCACUCGAUGGGCAUACAGCGACUUUUUUACAGCAAUAACAUGCUGAUGGGAAGGACGGUAGCAGCUAAAAGAAAGCUAUACCAGCAUGGACCAAAAGAUGCGAAUGCAUUUUAACCCAAGUUCAAUUCAGUGGACAUGAGUUUGUUUGUUUUGGUUGGUUGGUUUUCCUGGAGGCGGUGCAGCCAGUUUAAAAAUUCAUUUUUAGAUGUUUGUGUGGAUAUAGAAGUUAGAUUCUUCUACACACUACAUCUUCCAGAACGCACUUGUGUGUCAAUGUUUGAAAUCAAAAGUUUGAAAUAUCCCUGUCUUUAACUCCAUAUCCACUUGAACAUCAAAUAUUUGCGUCAGGUUAUUUUAUUGUUGAUCAACUUCACCCUUGUGUAUUUGUCCAUUAUGGUUUAGUCUCAAGAAUAAAUUAUUUGUGUACUUUGGGGUCCGAUA